AUGGAAAUCACAAACCCCCGCCGCAUCCUGGCGGUCUCGUUGGAGAGCGAGGCGGAGCUUCUCAGCAAAUUCAUCAAGGACCUGACCGGCAGCCAUCCGACGCCGUUGCCGACAGCACUGCCGGAGACUACGGGAGGAGAAGAAGGGGAUGGAAGCAGCGGCGGUGGCGGCAGUGGUAGCACAGGAGGAGGAGGAGGAGGAGGAGGUGGUGGUGGUGGUGGAUUGGCGGGCACGACGCACGCUCUGACGCUCAAGACGGCCUACUACAGCGCAGAGGUGCCCGUGUGGCUCGACACGCCGGCCGCUCCGGGCGAGUGGGCCGACACGUUCCUCGGCGCCGAGGCGAGGGAGGUGCUGGGGGUGCUGGGCGGGGUCGCGGUCGUCUUCUCGGUCAAGGGGGAGAAGGAGGAGGGCGGUGCCAGCAAAGGGCGGGAGCUCGUCGAAGCGGUGGGCAGGGUGAUGAGAGAGGGUCUGGGCGGCUGGGAGUGGGACGGUGUCGGGCUCGCUGUCGGUUUCGGCGAGGUCGGACCUGAUGCUGGUGAUGUGCUCGGCGACUGGGAGGAGGCUUGCGGCGAGGCUGGGCUGGAAUUUGUGCAUGCGAAGGGCGGCGGUGGGGAUAAGGGAAGGAAUGAGUUUGGCGAAAAGACGGGGAUUCCACGGGUCCUGGAGGCUCUGGAGUCCAACGACUGGGCUCUCGACCUAGACGCGGAUGGCACGGGGCUGGGUGAUGACGAUUAUGAUGACUUUAUGGGCCUGGAAUCUUCGGAUGAGUUUGGCGACUUUGAAGAGGCAGCAAGCCGAGCGGCCCAGAGGAGGAGGAGCACAGACCUGGAUCCGGCGAGCCUGAGUUUUGGCUUUGACAAGGCCGACUUUGAGGGCCUCAAGCGAGCCAUCUGGAGUUCCGGGGUCGAUGCCGAGGCGGAUGCCGAAGACAUGAGGAUAGCAAACGAGGCUUCUUCGCUUGAAGGAUCGAGCAAGUUACAGAAAGACGUGGCAGACAAGCCAGGUUCAUCAUCAGGAGAAGGGCACAGCGCAAAGGAGUCUCAAGGGCAGGAGACGGAGGACGACAUCGGGCAAGAGGACGUCGAGAAGGUUGAGGCCAUGAUGCGCAAGCUGCUCGCAGUCCGGGAAAUGGGUGGUAGUUUGCCAGAGGAACAGAGGAAGAGAUUGGCUGCCAGAGCUGUUGGCGAGGUCAUGCGGGAUCUCUGAUUUUCUUUUCUUGGUCUGCCUGACUAGGUAGGUAUGUACCGAUAUACAACAUAUACACACACAGAC